AACUUCAGAGCUUGCUCCUGCUGGGAGAGAAAGGCCGGUUCAUACUUGCCUGGGAACUUCAGAGGUGGCGCCAGGGCUGAAGUUCCUCCAGCAACUGACUGCCCACAGCAGAGCCUCGACCAUUUAGCUACCUCUGCACCGUCCAUCCAGGACCAGGCACCCAGAGUUUUGCUCUGCAUCAGGGGAACCUUGACGCCCAGGAUGAGCCUGCCCAAUUCCACGACUGUUCUGCCCUUUCUGGCCAGGCUGUGGCAGGAGACAGCUGAACAGGGCGGCAACGUGUCCGGCCUGGCUCGUAAGUCUCAGCUCCGAGAUGACAGCAAGCUAGAGGCGCUCUACAUCCUCAUGGUGCUGGGCUUCUUCGGCUUCUUCACCCUGGGCAUCAUGCUGAGUUACAUCCGAUCCAAGAAGCUGGAGCACUCCCACGACCCUUUCAACGUGUACAUCGAGUCAGAUGCCUGGCAGGAGAAAGGCAAGGCCGUCUUCCAGGCCCGUGUCCUGGAGAGCUUCAGAGCUUGCUAUGUCAUUGAAAACCAGGCGGCCGUAGAGCAGCCUGCCACACACCUUCCUGAACUGAAGCCAUUGUCGUGAACCCCACACCCUACAGGUGACAAGCGGAUCUUUCUAGUCGCAUGCCUGCCAUAGUCUUUAUUGUAGGGGCACCACUGAGUUUUUGUGAAAGACUGUGAGGGGUGAAUUAAUGACACCAGUUUUCUGAAAUUGCAUUCUUUCUAUAGUAGACAAUCGAUUUAUUCUGCAGCGCCUGUCCUUGUCUUUGUAAAUCUAGCAGGGUCCCAGACAACAUGGCUUCUGAGAACACAAGCUGAGUUUCCCCAAAUCUCUCCACAUUAGCUGUGUCACGUGACUAAGUUCUGAUGGGAGACAUGGGCAUGAUGAGUCCAGUUUGUAAGCAGGUUUUGAAAUGGGAAGUGUGUGCUCUUCAUCCUCCCUGUCCUGGGAAGGUUGUGCUCUCCAUCCUCCCUGUCCUGGAAAGAUUGUGCUCUCUGUCCUCUCUGUCAUGGGAAGGUUGUACUCUCUGUCCUCCCUAUCCUGGGAAGAGUAUGUUCCCUGUCCUCCCUAUCCUGGGAAGAGUGUGCUCUCUGUCUUCCCUGUCCUGGGAAGGUUGUGCUCUCCAUCCUCCCUGUCCUGGAAAGAUUGUGCUCUCUGUCCUCUCUGUCAUGGGAAGGUUGUACUCUCCGUCCUCCCUAUCCUGGGAAGAGUGUGCUCUCUGUCCUCCCUGUCCUGGGAGGGUUGUGCUCUCCAUCCUCCCUAUCCUGGGAAGAGUGUGCUCUCUGUCCUCCCUGUCCUGGGAAGGUUGUGCUCUCUGUCCUCCCUAUCCUGGGAAGGUUGUGCUCUCUGUCCUCCCUGUCCUGGGAGGGUUGUGCUCUCCAUCCUCCCUAUCCUGGGAAGGUUGUGCUCUCCAUCCUCCCUGUCCUGGAAAGAUUGUGCUCUCUGUCCUCUCUGUCAUGGGAAGGUUGUACUCUCCGUCCUCCCUGUCCUGGGAGGGUUGUGCUCUCCAUCCUCCCUAUCCUGGGAAGGUUGUGCUCUCCAUACUCCCUGUCCUGGGAAGAGUGUGCUCCCUGUCCUCCCUGUCCUGGGAAGGUUGUGCUCUCCAUACUCCCUAUCCUGGAAAGGGUGUGCUCUCCAUCCUCCCUGUCCUGGGAAGGGUGUGCUCUCUGUGCUCCCUGUCCCACUUAACAGCACUGACAGACUUGAGGCAGCUUUGAUGGAGGCAGUGACUCACUCUCAGUGGUACUGAGGAGGCAGGAUCCUCAUCUUCCUGUACUGCCCACCUGACCGGUUCAUAAGAAAGAGCCUAUCACCACAGUCCCUGCAGCCACUGCUUAUUUUGGUCUCUGCUAAAGCCAUGGAAUCAAUAUCUAAACAGUGUCACCUCUGUCCUUGUUGUGGUCACAGCCGGGAUUCUGCCCUCUGUCCUCCUGACUCCCACUCCUCCGUUAUUACACACCUUUUCUGCAUUCCUUUUCCAAACACUCCUGACCCCCACGUAUACUCUCCCCCCUCCACUCUUCCCACCCUCAUGUAUACUCCCUCCUGAUGCCCCUUACAGUUCAACCUGGACAGAAAUUGCUUCUUGUAGGGCUGAGACAGAGGAGGAAAAAAAAAUGACUCCUCCAGAAUAGAGACCAUGAACAAGGUGUGCAGUUAUCAUCAGAGGGAAAGUGGCUACCCGCCCACCCCAAAGGGCCCAGAAGAGGUAUGGGUGUGGGCACUGGGAACACAUGGGGCAGGGGUGGCACCUUCCUCGAGGUGUCGGGCCUGGUUUGUCAGAUGAAUUAUGUCCCUAAAGACACACUGAGGCUCCAAGCCCCCGUCCUAGUGAAUGUCGCCUUGUUUGGAAACCAGGUUUCAGUGACCAACUGAAGUGGGUCCUACUCUAUGUAGUAGGACUCGUGACUUUCUAAGAGGGACACACACGGAGAGCACCGUGAGAUGCCAGGACAGAGACUGGAGUGACAAGGACAAAAGCCAAGGAGAGUGGAGGACAGAUGGCCACUGGACUCAAAAAAGGAACAAUUGUUCCUGUGACCGUCCAAGGACAUGAGGCCCUCCCAAGCCCUUGUUUCCAACUCCAGCUUUGAGAACAUGGGACAAUGCCCGCCUGUUGCUUGGGAGACUUUGAUAAAGCAGUCUAGACAGCCAAUGCAGUAUCUGCUGCCCCUCCCCCACUCCCCCCAGCCAGAAGGAACCAUGGGAGUGGAGCGGAGAGGGGGCACCAGAGCUGCAGUUGGCAGCAAAGGCUCCUCAGGCUACGUUCCCUAGGAGCAUGGGGAAUCACUGUCCUGUGGAUCAGCCUUCUCCGGCUGCCUCCUGAAGACACAAGGAUCCUUCGCACCAUGGUACUUUGAAAGCUCACCUGCCAGGCACUCCUGGAGAGUAUGGAACACUCACUGAGACACAAGUUUUGGAAAGCUGAACACCGGGCUUAGCAAGAUGGCCUGGCACAGAGAGGUGACUGCAGUUUGAUCCCCAGAACCCAUGGUGGGUGGAAGGAGAAGACAGACUUCAGAGAAUUGUCCUCCGUUCUCCACAUGAUAUACAGUGUGUACACGCACACAUACCAUACACUAUAAAACAAUAAUAAAGAAGAUUUAAAUACACAAUACAAUCUAAUUAAAAGCAACCCCCACAGC